UUGAAGGGCCGGCCCGGGCGGAUCCCCUCAUCUCCCAAUGUGAGCGGCGUCCCUAGCCCCCCCUUCAGGCGAAGGCUGCCCCCCAGAGAGGUGGAGCCGGUGGCCGGGCCGGGACCAUGAGGCACCGUGUCCUCCUGCUGACCAGCUUGGUUCAUCUGGUGCUGGCGCCGCGACCUCCUGACGAGCGGGGCUCCCCGCGGCGAUUCGAAAAGCUUGAUUCUUUGCUCUCGGACUAUGAUAUCCUCUCCUUAUCCAAUAUCCAGCAGCAUUCUGUGAGAAAGAGGGAGCUGCAGGCCUCGACACACUUAGAAACACUACUGACUUUUUCAGCCUUGAAAAGGCAUUUUAAAUUAUACCUGACAUCAACUACUGAACGCUUUUCCAAAAAUUUCAAAGUUGUGGUGGUAGAUGGGAAAGAUGAAAGGGAGUAUCCCGUCAAAUGGCAGGACUUCUUUAGCGGACAUGUGGUUGGUGAGCCUGACUCUAGGGUUCUAGCACACGUAGGAGAUGAUGAUAUUACAAUAAGAAUCAACACAGAUGGGGCAGAAUAUAAUGUAGAGCCGCUUUGGAGACUAAUUAAUGAUACUACAGACAAAAGAAUGUUAGUUUAUAAAUCUGAAGAUAUCAAGAAUGUUUCACGUUUACAGUCUCCAAAAGUGUGCGGUUAUAUAAAGGCGGAUAAUGAAGAGUUGCUUCCGAAAGGGCUGGUAGACAGCGAGCUGCCUGAUGAGCUUGUUCAUCGGGUGAAGAGACGAGCUGACCCCAAUCCCUUGAAGAACACGUGUAAAUUAUUGGUGGUAGCAGAUCAUCGCUUUUACAAAUACAUGGGCAGAGGGGAAGAGAGUACUACUACCAACUACUUGAUAGAGUUGAUUGACAGAGUUGAUGACAUCUAUCGAAACACUUCAUGGGACAAUGCAGGUUUUAAAGGUUAUGGAAUACAGAUAGAACAGAUUCGCAUUCUCAAGUCUCCUCAAGCAGUGAAACCUGGUGAAAGGCACUUCAAUAUGGCAAAAAGUUACCCAAAUGAAGAAAAAGAUGCUUGGGAUGUGAAGAUGUUGCUAGAGCAAUUUAGUUUUGAUAUUGCUGAAGAAGCAUCUAAAGUCUGCCUAGCACAUCUUUUCACGUACCAAGAUUUUGAUAUGGGAACCCUUGGCUUAGCUUAUGUUGGUUCUCCCAGAGCGAACAGUCAUGGAGGUGUUUGUCCAAAGGCUUAUUACAGUCCAAUUGGAAAGAAAAAUAUCUAUUUGAAUAGUGGUUUGACCAGCACAAAAAAUUAUGGUAAAACCAUCCUUACAAAGGAAGCUGACCUCGUUACAACUCACGAAUUGGGGCACAACUUUGGAGCAGAGCACGACCCAGAUGGUCUGGCAGAAUGUGCCCCAAAUGAGGACCAGGGAGGAAAGUACGUCAUGUACCCCAUAGCUGUGAGUGGCGACCACGAGAACAAUAAGAUGUUUUCAAACUGCAGUAAACAGUCCAUCUAUAAGACCAUUGAAAGCAAGUCCCAGGAGUGUUUCCAAGAACGCAGCAACAAAGUGUGUGGGAACUCCAGGGUGGACGAGGGCGAGGAGUGCGACCCCGGCAUCAUGUACCUCAACAACGACACUUGCUGCAACAGCGACUGCACGCUGAGGCCGGGUGUGCAGUGCAGUGAUAGGAACAGUCCUUGCUGUAAAAACUGUCAGUUCGAGACGGCCCAGAAGAAGUGCCAAGAGGCCAUUAAUGCUACUUGCAAAGGCGUGUCUUAUUGUACAGGUAACAGCAGCGAGUGCCCACCUCCUGGAAACGCCGCCGAUGACACCGUGUGCCUGGAUCUCGGCAAGUGUAAGGACGGCAAGUGUGUGCCCUUCUGUGAGCGCGAGCAGAGGCUGGAGUCCUGUGCGUGUAAUGAAACCGACAACUCGUGCAAGGUGUGCUGCAGGGACCCCUCGGGCCGCUGCAUGCCUUACGUCGACGCCGAACAGAAGAACUUGUUUUUGAGGAAGGGCAAGCCCUGUACAGUAGGCUUCUGUGACAUGAAUGGCAAGUGUGAGAAGCGAGUGCAGGAUGUCAUUGAGCGUUUCUGGGAGUUCAUUGACAAGCUGAGCAUCAAUACUUUUGGGAAGUUUCUAGCAGAUAACAUCGUCGGUUCCGUCCUUGUUUUCUCCUUGAUAUUCUGGAUUCCUUUCAGCAUUCUGGUCCAUUGUGUGGAUAAGAAACUGGAUAAGCAGUUUGAGUCUCUGUCUCUGUUCCACCCCAGCAAUGUGGAGAUGCUGAGCAGCAUGGACUCGGCCUCGGUGCGCAUCAUCAAGCCCUUUCCUGCACCCCAGACCCCUGGUCGCCUGCAGCCCACCUCCGUGAUGCCCCCUGCGCCCUCUGCGCCCCUGGCCCCGAAGCUGGACCACCAGCGGAUGGACACUAUCCAGGAGGACCCGAGCACGGACUCACAUGCUGACGAGGAUGGCUUUGAGAAGGAUCCCUUCCCAAACAGCAGUGCAGCUGCCAAGUCGUUCGAGGACCUUACGGACCAUCCGGUCACCAGAAGUGAAAAGGCCUCAUCCUUCAAGCUGCAGCGUCAGAACCGCGUGGACAGCAAGGAGACUGAGUGCUAGUCCCAGCCGCAUACCGGGCUCUCUGACUUCCUGGACAGAAUAUUUUUUAGGGACUUGACCCCAAAUCACUGCAUAUUUUUUGUGAAGAUUUGGGAGAAAUAAGGAAGUGACUUCACAGCAGAUGCUGGUCAUGUGUUUGGACUUCCUUGGCAUACGUAAUACUGGUGUGGCCAGGCCCUUUUCCUCUGAAGAGAUAAGGUGAAUCUGGCUUACUUUGAGGCUUUCAGGUUUCAGUUUUUUGAUCUUUAAAGUAUCCUUCAACCUGUGGUGCAAAAGCAGAAACUAUGGCUGGAUUAGGUUAUGAAUAUUUACGUUUUUGUAAAUUAACUUUUUACAUUGAGAACAGCACUGAUUAGGGAGAUGAUCAGUUUCUUUUUUAAAUACACUGUAAUUACCUGGUGAACAUAGGCAUGUAGUGGUUUUGUGUGAGGGUAACCAGACACAGGUUUACUUUUUGCCUUCAAGACAAAGGGAGAUAAAACCAACAAGUUACACAUUAUCUCCAAAAUGUGGGUUCUGUUUCUAGGUAGUUCUAGGUUAAUACCUAGAACUUGUAACAGAAGAAGGGAAUUACACUAUAACAAAUAAGUUAGGUUAAUGUUUCUUCUAAAUUGUUAGAAUUUCUAAUUUCUAGAAUUAAAACAGUCUAGCUUAUAGUGAAGGUUACAAAUUAUAGCCAAAUGAAUCUACAAAAUCCUGCCAAUGGUUUUUGGACCCUAGUUAGCUGGGCAGUUUUUCUGUGUUAAAAGUAUCUUCACGUGUCAGCACUGUUACCAUGCUCUUAAAACAUCUGCCAUUCAGAAAACCUGAACUACUUCAGAGUAAGGGUAUGCUCGCCUCUGCUCAAACACUAGCGGCCAAGAGGGUUUGCGAGAUGGUUCUUGCCAAAGGAACGGGGUGUGAUGUGGUGGCCUGGGGUUUUCUCCCCACACAACUGACUUCUAAGAACCCUUGGUAUUCACCUGUGUUCAUUCUUGAUCUAGUGCUUCAGUAAUGUCUGCGUUUACUAUGUGAAGGAUAAAAACCAUCAGGUUGAAUUCUGAUCUGCUUUAAAAGCUUUUUUCCCCUGCUGAGUUCUGAAAUGUGCUCACCAGCCAACACAUUUUAACUGAGAUGACUUGUAAGCUUUGAGGGCAGUCAUCCAGACCUGUGACAAAUCGUCUCUUUUUUUCUAAGGACGUUUGUUACGCAGAUACCUGUUACACUAAUACUUGAACCUAUACCUUAUGGUAUGUGCUGUCUCUAACCAGUCAUGAUAUUCUUACAUUGUAGUUACACUUCUGCAGUCGGAUAGAAGGUGAGUGGGGUGUGUGGGUGUAUGUAUGAGUGAAUG